GUGAAAGGAAGGGAUCAGGCAUGGGCAAUGAGAGGAGGGGGAAGGUGAAAUUAUCUCCGCUUUGGAUGAAGGGAUUCUGAUAGCUAGGUAGUGUGGUUUCUCUUUGGUACCGAAAUUGCCAUCGCAGGAGCCUCGGUGAAAGGAAGGGAUCAGGCUGGGCGAUGAGAGGAGGGGGGUGGGAGGAAGGGAUCAGGCUGGGCGAUGAGAGGAAGGGGGUGUGGCGUGGUUUGUAUUCAGCUCUAGAGAGAGAAUGGAAUUGGAAAUGUCUCUGCUUCGGAUAAAGGGGUUCUGACAGGUAGGUUGCAUCGUUUCUCUUUCGCACCCGAACUGCCAUCCCAGGAGCUUCAGUGAAGGGAAUCGGACUGUGAAAAGAGGAAGGGAGGAGGGUGGGGCAGGGAAGAGUUUCCAGCUUCGGAGAACGAUGGUGGAAAUACUGUGGAGGGUGGAAAGGCGGUCCUGGGCGGUUUGUAUUCAGCUCUUGAGAGAGAGUGAAGGUGAAAUUAUCUCCGCUUUGGAUGAAGGGAUUCUGAGGGAGACUUUUCAACUUCUCAGCUUUAGAGAGGUGGAAAUAAUGUGCAAACAUUUCUGAUUUCAAUUUGCCGUCCGUAGUUCUUGGCUUGGUUCGUUCGAACACUCAGAGGGAAUUGUUUUUGUGCAUUAGCAUCCCUCGAAACUAGUGAAUGAUUUCUUGUCCUCAGGAGAGAGAUUCCGUGGCCUUUUCUUAGCGAGAGAAAGGUUGCCAAACAGACAAUAUUGUUACAGUGGCUUUAUCAUCCUGGUUUGAUCAAGUCGGGCUUUGUCAUUAUCCUCAGGAGAGUUGCUAUGACAGUUGUGUUAUUCCUCCAACCAACACGUUUUCUAUGACAGUGGUGUUAUUACUCCGUGGUCUUGUGGACAGAGGUGUUGCACACCCUUCCACCCACACCAUGGCACAGUUCGAGUGCUCGGUCAGGUGUUGCAGAGACCGGAUAGCGGCGGCGUUGGUCUGAAUAUCCUUUGAAUGCUCGAGCACUCGGGCGUUGUGAAAUCAUCUAAAUGUAACAAUGAUAUUCCAAUGAAGGAAUCCUUUGAAUUUGUGGUUUGCAUCGUGCCACUGUCUGGAGAUGAGCUUGAAUAUCCUGAUGGAUCGAACGCUCCGACUUGCCGUCUGCAAGGGUUCUUGUCCGCCGGCCGGAGGUUGAGUAGCCGUCCGUGUCUUUGUUAUUUUGACCAAUUUAGGACAGAGGACAAUAAACGUUGCAUUUCUUCCACUCCGGAUUUAGUGACAAAAGAGACAGGGAGGUAGAGGGAAGAUCGGGAGAGGGCAGUUUGAGGAGAGGCUUUAGCAUUAAUCAUCAGAAUAGUGCAGAGGUAGUUGAGGGAAGUGCAGUACAUGGCGUGUGGGGAUGCGUUAGCUCUUUACUCAGAGCAGUCUCUGUAGAGGUAGGAGGGCCUCUAGGCUCCGCUAUUGCAUUGCGAAUGACAGGCCAGCUGGUUUGGUGAAGUGGAUUCUUUUUGCCUUGUGCUACUGUGUCUGGGGAGACUCCACGAUCCUAAACUGAGCUGGUUCAGAGCACCAGGGCUUUCAAGGCGAGAAGUUUCUUCUCCUACUGCUAGGGAGCACAGCACUACAAAGUCUGAAUGUCUAUUAUUCGUCCUUGUGUAGAUGAUACUUAACCAAUCUUCUGCUUUUAUUAGCCUCGGUAUACUGCUGGGUUCUUUAUUGCUGGGAAUAAUAAUCAAUCGUUGUUCUUAUUCUUGCCCUUUCCCCUUUGUCUUUGGCCGCCCUUGCCCACUUAUUGGGCACAGCUAGUUUGUCCUCCAUAUGGAUUUGAUUGGGAAUCGUGAUCUCUUACUCGAUACAUUCUAUUCACAUUUUGUGAGAUUGCGCAUUGGCUCGGUCGAAUGAUAUUUUGCACGUGGCUGUGCGAACUGAUACCAAACCGCCUCCUUGAUGUCGAGAAGAUGGUUCUUUUGGACCGGUCCGGUUUGGAGCCGAUCUUGGCAUCAUCUUUUGAGAAUAGGUUUUACUUGCAUGGUGAUUUUGCUUGCAUUCCUAUGCUGCUACGGUGAAGAAGUGAGGUGACAGAGUGUGAAGAAAGCUCAAUGAUCUGAGGAGUCGGAGGGAGGGAAAGCACGAAAGGGGGGGGGCAUGCUUCUUCAAUAAGGUUCUACCCAGGGAUCAGAGAUGCGAGGAGACUUGGUAGAGGCAGUUCAUUUCUCCACCCCCGGGAAAAUGCAUGGUGAGGAGGUUCUCCUGGGGAGUGGUUUUACUUCAUGCCGAUCCGAGGACCUGUCAAUAUGCUGUGAUUUUGCACUCUAGGCCCUAGGCUACUAUUUAGCGGUCAUUACCCCAUCCUGGUCCCACCGUUGUCCCGCCAUGGAUAUGUUGUUGUGAUUUCAGUUCGUGUCAGUGUGCUUAUUCUUUGGUUGUUGGCACUCGCUCUGUGUCCAUCGUCUUCAGCAUGCUCGCAUCAUGUCAGUCAAAGGCGGUGCACUGUUUCGUAAAAGUAAAAAUACGCACAUGCGAGACAUGAGUCUGUUGCUGUGUCGGUUCCUCUCGUCAUCGCCUUCUCUUGCUGUUUGCCAUCUUGUGUCCUGCAACCAUCUUCGCACAGUGAAUGUGCGGUGUUUGGUUGGUUCCUCUCGGCAUUGCUUUCUCUUGGACUGGUAGCGAUCGCUGGGUGGGCAAUGGCAAUUUUUACUAUUUUUAGUACAUGUUCUCGGGAAGGAAGCUGCAAUUGUCAGCAUUGCUUGGCUGGUUGCUCAUUUGUUUCCCUUUUUGCAAGGUGGGUGACUGACCAGAGAUGCCCCAGAGAGUAUUGGAAGGCAUGGAGAGUUUUGACCAAAAGGUGCGUGAGGGUAGGGAACACUUGAUGCCAUGGUACCCCCCCCCCCUAUGGGCUUGCUUACAGGAAAAGACAUGGGGGUCUCUGCUAAUUCGAUGCGAAAUGUGUUAACAGUGCUCUUAUUGUUUGAAACCACUUGUGGAGAAAAUUGUUUUAAAGUUUAGACUUUAAACUAGAUGUGGCGAAAAUAGACAUCUUUCUUAAUAAGAUGGGCAAAGCUUGAGCCGUGCGUGUCUGUUUGACGGAACGAAAAGCCACAUUGUUUUUGUCAAUAUGGUCUGAAAGAGUGGAUGAUGACCUGGAUGAUGAGAGAGCGGACGGUUCGAAGAAAGUGCAAGAAUAGGAAAGGUGAAGGAGAGAAGUCGGGCGAUAGAGGAUUGAUUGCAAACUAUUUGUCCUGUGCAGCAGCUCGUCGGAAGAUAGUUUGGAAUCCUUUGGAAGA